CGAGACUUAAAGCAAUUUCCCCCUCCCUCGGAGGUUCUUCGCUCUCCUGUGUAAACCUGCAGCGGAGAUGACAGCCAAGCGUAUGUGCGCACACCCCCCCCCCACACCCCCCACCUACGAUAAUGGGAGUGCGCAACAGGGAAAGCAGAAACACCUUCCACCUCCCGCCUUGUUUACUUCCGGGAAUCGCAGCAGCCGCCGCCGCCUCACGCCCGCACUCUCUCAGCUCGCUAUCCGCCAGGGAGGAACACUUAGCGCCGCUACCAUGGGGAGGCAGAUAGCUGAGCGGCUUCCUUGGAUUUCGCUGCCCUCUCCGCUGAGUUUGGCCUGAAGAUGGAAACGCUGGAGUCCGAGCUGACAUGCCCAAUUUGUCUGGAGCUCUUUGAGGACCCGCUUCUCCUGCCCUGCGCUCACAGCCUUUGUUCCAACUGCGCCCACCGCAUCCUGGUGUCGCACUGCACCCCCAGCGAGCCCGUCCAGUCCAUCCGCGCCUUCCAGUGCCCCACCUGCCGCUAUGUUAUCAAUCUCAACCAGAAAGGCCUAGAAGGACUCAAGCGCAACGUUACCCUGCAGAACAUCAUCGACCGCUACCAGAAGGCCUCCCUCAGCGGACCCAACUCGCCCAGCCAGCCCCGGCGGGAACGAGCCACCCCCGACGGCGGCGCCAUGACGCAGCCCGGCGGAGAGCGGGUGCCGUGUCAGUUCUGCGAGCGGGAGCCGCCCCAAGACGCCGUGAAGACUUGCGUCACGUGCGAGGUGUCCUACUGCGACGACUGCCUGAAGGCCACCCACCCCAACAAGAAGCCCUUCACGGGCCACCGUCUGGUGGAGCCCCUGCUGGACUCCCACAUGCGAGGGGUCAUGUGCUUGGAGCACGAGGACGAGAAGGUCACCAUGUACUGUUUGACCGACGACCAGUUGAUCUGCGCCUUGUGCAAGCUGGUCGGACGGCACAGGGACCACCAAGUCGCCGGGCUGGGGGACCGAUAUGACAAACUCAAGCACGCCUUGGACACCAACCUCGGCAAUCUCAUCAAGAGGACCGGCGAGUUGGAAACGCUGAUGGGCAAACUCAUCCAGACGUGCCAACACGUGGAGAUAAACGCAUCCAGGCAAGAAAACAAGCUGCUGGAGGAGUGCGACCUCCUGAUCAAUAUCAUACAGCAGAGGAGGCAAAUCAUCGUUACCAAGAUAAAAGAGGGGAAGACGGUGCGCCUGAGGAAGCUGGCCCAGCAAAUCGGCAGCUGCAAGCAGUGCGUCGAGAGGGCCUCCUCGCUCAUCGCUCAAGCCGACCACACCCUGAAAGAGACCGACCCGUCCCGCUUCCUUCAGUCGGCCAAAAGCAUCUGCGAGAGGGUCUCCAUGGCAACCGCAUCCUCUCAGAUCUUGCUACCGGAAAUAAACCUGAACGACACCUUUGAUACUUUUGCUCUGGACUUCACGAGGGAGAAGAAGAUGUUAGAAAGCUUGGAUUAUCUCACAGCGCCAAAUCCACCGGUAAUCCGCGAGGAAUUAUGCACGGCUUCGUACGACACCAUCACGGUUCACUGGACGUCAGACGACGAGUUCACCGUCUUGUCCUACGAACUCCAGUACGCCAUCUUCACCAGCCACACCAACGUCGUCAGUUUGUGCAAUUCGGCCGACAGCUGGAUGAUCGUGCCGAACAUCAAGCAAAAUCAUUACACGGUGCACGGGCUGCAGUGCGGCACCAAGUACGUCUUCAUCGUCAAAGCCAUCAACCAGGCCGGAAACCGGAGUAGCGAACCGGGAAAGCUCAAGACCAACAGUCAGCCAUUCAAGCUGGACCCGAAGUCCGCUCACCGGAAGUUGCGGGUGUCCCACGACAACCUGACGGUGGAGAGGGACGAGACGUCCUCCAAGAAGAGCCACGGCCAGGACCGCUUCGGCGGCACCAGCAGCUACGGCGUCACGGGGAACGCCUACAUCGACAGCGGCCGCCAUUACUGGGAGGCGCUCAUCGGGGGAAGCACGUGGUUUGCGGUAGGUAUCGCUUACAAGUCGGCCCCGAAGCACGAGUGGGUGGGCAAGAACUCGGCCUCCUGGGUGCUGUCCCGCUGUAACAACUCGUGGGUGGCGCGUCACAACAGCAAGGAGACCCCCUUGGAGCCCUCGCCCCACCUGCGGCGACUCGGCGUGCUGCUGGACUACGACUCGGGCUUCCUGUCGUUCUACGACGCCGUGGGCUCUCAGCACCUGCACACGUUCGACGUCGCCUUCGCGCAGCCCGUCUGCCCCGUGUUCAACGUGUGGAACCGAUGCAUUACCAUCCUCACCGGACUGCCCAUCCCAGACCAUUUGGAGGGCAGCGAGUCCGGCAACUGACACGCGGGACGUUUGUGUGGACUUGAUUUUAGACACAAUAAAAGAACCGUGAGUUUAUUCCUCAUCAAACCUUUUCACCUUUUAACAAUUUGCAUUUCUGAGCAGCUCUCCCGUGACCCCUGUGAGGAUAAGCGUCAUGGAAAAUGGACGGAUGGCAAUUAUUUGCGAGCAUUUUAACUUUCGACGUCUGUACGUUAUUCUGUUGGUUCGUCUGAAAAGGGUAUACAGACUGUUUUAAAUUGCUAAAAUAUUUUAAAUAAGUUGCAUUUCUUUUCUUAAUUAAGCUUAAUAUGUUAAUCUUUACAUGUGAUGUAAAAAUGUUUAUUUUUUUUUGUCAUUGUGAGGAGGCAGUGUGAUAAAUGUCUAUUUUAAUACCUUAUGUUGGUUGUCAAACUUUUUAGCACUUUGAGAGGACAUAAAGAGACAAUAAAAUGCAUUUCUACGCCAUCCGUACAAAAUAUUUUCCUUCAUUAUUGUUAGUUUUUCCGAUAGAGCUCGUGCACCUAUGUCACCAAAGUCAUGUGACUGGCCCUGUUGAUGGUCUACCAAAGCAUUCUUCAAUGCUAAGUCGGUUGGAGACGGCACGAAAAUAUGUCUUAUAGCACGAUGCCCAGAUUUUUGUUUGAUACCGUUAAACAUUUAGAAGGUGAUAAUAAACGAAGGUACGUGGAAACAGCGAAGUCGAUGUUUUCGCCGAUAAAUUGGAAUUUUAACCCGCUGCCGCUGGUCUUGGAGAACUGGAUCUACACAUGGAUCUGGCAAGUAAGUCGUCGCGAUUUACAUGGAAGAGUUUGAAAGCGUAGAAAAGUCUAGACGCAUACAAAUACUUCGUUGUUGGGUCUGUUCUCAAUCAAGAAUAAAUUCCACGUACCGAUAGAGCCACUCAGAUUUUUUAUUU